AUGGCCCUCCGCGCCUUCCUCCGCUACCUCCUCCUAACCCCCCUUCAAAUCUCCAUCUUCCUCCUAAUCUCCCUCCCACUCGCCCUCUUCGCCGCAGUAACCACUUUCUUCAGCGUAAUCUUCCUAUCCUCCCGUCUCCUCCUCGUCUACGUCGAUCUGAUAACCUCCGUCGUUCUCGCCUCCUCAUCAUCAAAAUCACAAUCUCCAUCAAAAGUCUCCAGAAAAUCAUCUACUAUCACCACCACUACCACCACGGGGAUACGACUAAACACUACCCUCCACAGUCGAACUCCACAUCCGAUAUUAAUCCCCAAAAGUCCUCCACGGAGUCCUCCAAGAUCUGGAAAUGGCACCUGGAGAUCUCAACAACAGCAGCAGCAACAGCAAAGAAGUGUACACUACCAACAAUCAUUCACAGCACCUUCGUCACCAAACAUCGGUAGAAAAAGAAUGGCAGCUGCAUUCACCACCGGUAGUGGUAGUAUUAGUAAUGGAGGCUACUACCAACAACAUCAGCACCAUCAACACCAUCAACACCAUCAUCAUCAGCAGCAACAAACUAUAAUGACAUUUAGCAAUAUCAGCGGUAGUAGUAAUAGUAGCGGUGGUAGUCCACCGUUAACUAUGAAAAGCUCAGGAGUGGGGAAAUCGGGUACACCGUUUAAUAUUAGUGCUCCUCCACCACCAUAUGGAUACGAGCCAGCUAGUACUAGCGGGAGUAGAGGAAAAAGAGGGCAGGUGGUUGUGGUUGAACCUGACGAGGAAGAGGAGGAGGAUUAUUUCAUGAGAGGGGCAGAGUAA